AUGUCUCAUAAUCUUGGCCUACUGGCGUGCGGCGGGGCAGGGCUCAUGCAAAGGCUGAUGCCACAGCUGGGCCAUCCCUGCAGCCAGGAGGACUCCGAGACAACCAUGACUCCAUCCCUACAGCCAGGAGGACUCCGAGACAACCAUGACUCCAAUUCCUGUUCGGAUGUGGGCGCCAAGGUCGGAGACCUUGCAAGGGAUCUGGAUGUUUUCCUGUCGAACGCCAACCGAAGAAGUUUUAGAUUUAUUGACCAACCUUAUUUGAGUCUUUUUAACUUGAGGGUGACUGAUGGACAACUUUCGGUUGCUCAGAGAAUUGACCGUGAGCAACUCUGUCGUCGAUCUCAAUACUGCGUGAUACCCCUGGAUGUGGUUGCUGUUCACCAGGAGAAGUCUUUUCUAAUGCACGUCGAAGUGGAUAUAAGGGACAUCAACGACAACGCCCCGAAAUUCCCUGUACACGAAAUGUACAUAGAGACACCUGAAAGCGCAUCAGAAGGAACUCGCUUCCCUUUAGAGGUAGCCACCGAUGAAGAUAUAGGUCGAAACUAUAUACAGAGUUACACCAUUUCCACGAACGAGUAUUUCAUCGUUGAAGCCCGAAGUGGCGAAGAAGGAGGUUUGUAUGCAGAGCUAGUAUUGGUCAAAGAGCUUGACAGGGAAAAAGAGGACACAUAUAACCUUGAAAUCACAGCAAUGGACGAAGGAAUACCAAUCCUGUCUGGAAUACUAACUGUGAAGAUAAAAGUAUUAGAUAUCAAUGAUAAUACACCGGCCUUCGAAGACAGUUUCAUAAAAAUUACACUCAGUGAAAGUGCAAGAGUUGGUCUAUUGCUUUUACAUUUACGUGCCUCUGACCCAGACGAGGGUCAAAACGGGGAAGUUGUGUAUGGGUUUGAGGAGAAAACGCCUCUAGAGAUAAAACAGAUCUUUAAUAUUGAUCCUCACAUAGGACGACUGACUCUCGCGAGAGAAGUCGACUAUGAAAAAAACAUUUUUUUUUUAUUGAAAAUAAUAGCAUAUGAUAUGGGCAUAAAUUCUGUCCCAGCGCAGUGCACAGUUAGAGUGGAUAUUUUAGAUGCCAACGAUAACGCACCUUUAAUCAUUAUUAAAUCACUAGACUUUGACAGCGUGACAUACAUCGCAGAAUCGGCACCAGUAAACAGUUUCGUGGCCCUUGUCAGCACCAUGGACAGAGACUCAGGAGUCAACGGACACGUGCAUUGCAAUUUGCUCGGACACCAACAUUUCAGGCUGCAACACGCUUAUGAACACACUUUUAUGAUCGUAACAACAUCGUUUUUGGAUAGAGAAACUUUGCCUGAAUAUAAUCUCACAGCAGUUGCUACAGACCAUGGAACUCCUCCACUGACAACAAUCAUGACAUUCUCUAUUCAGUUGAGGGAUGUGAACGACAAUCCUCCGGAGUUCACUAAAUCAUUAUAUGAAGUUUGGAUUGAAGAGAAUAAUCUACCAGGUGCAUUUCUCUGUAUAGUGCAAGCAUAUGACAGUGAUGUUGGUCAAAAUGCAGAUAUAACAUAUUCAAUACUGAACAUUAAAUCAAACUCUCAAAUUAUUUCAUCAAAUUUAGUGUUAAUUGAUCCACUUUUAGGAUCUUUACACUCAGCAACAUCAUUCAAUUAUGAACAGGCCAAAGACAUUGAAGUGCAAGUUCUGGCUAGUGAUGGAGGUUUUCCACUCCUAUCUAAAACCACAAUGGUUUGGAUAAGAGUUAUGGACGUGAACGACAAUGCUCCUGUGAUAAUGCAGCCCAGGUCAAUAAAUGGCUCUGCCCUCUGUUACAUAUCUCUUGAGGCAACAACGGUGACCCCUGUGCUAAAAAUCAUAGCAGAUGAUGCUGAUGAAGGUUUGAAUGCACAGCUGACUUUCAAACUUUUGGACAACCCAAAUGACCUGUUUUUUAUGGACCAGACAUCUGGCUAUGUAUAUCUAAAAACAGCACUGAAUGAGAGUGUCAAGAACUCUGGAGGAGUGCUGAGGAUCACGGCGAGUGUUCGAGACAACGGCAUUCCUUCUCUUCAGUCUACAGUUGAUAUCCACUUUAUUGUUACUUCCCAAGCCGUACCAACAAGGGAAAACAUGUUCACUUACGUUGAGCAUUUAGAACACUUCCUGAAUGUUCUAGUGAAAUAUUCCGUCCCUCUAGGCCUCUGUGUGAUUUUAGUUGCAGUCAGUGUGGUGGCAACAGUGUUGAUCAAACUCAUGAGAAGAAGAGGCUCCUACAGCACAAAUAGCAGCCAGGACAAGUGUGCCCUCAGUGAGACUGAGGACAUGUUCAAAGCCCACUCAAACACCUGCGCACCCUUCUUAGGAAGGAGACAGGAGACCCUGAGCCAUGAAAAUGAAUUCUGCAACUCCUUUUUCUCUGUCUUCUUGAGUGACGCUCAAACCGAAAUAAUUAUGCCUUGUAGCACCAGGUCCCUGGUCGAUCCACAGCCAUUUGACCUACAUAGGAAAUACAGAGCAGGGGGCACUCAGACCAGUGCAGAGGAGGACAUGAGGAUUUCAACUGACCCCACUGGUGGCACAUCUGGCGCAUGCUUGUGUCCAUGGAAUCAGAAGCAGAUGGAAGAUUGUGUCCAGUCAGCUCACAGGAGACUGGACUUCAGCAGUCAUGACAACACAGAUAAACAGUGUCAGCAGUCACCUCAUCAACAAGGCAAGAUUUACACUAAAGAACACACCAUUUUUCCUGCAGGGACUAACAAAUUUCCCUGCAGGAAAAAGAAUUACCUGUUUCGGACCAAGAUUCCCAAAACGAAAGGCUUGUUACAGGUGAUUCCAAGAAGUGGAUUACCACUGUAUCCUGAGUAUGAGCAGAGCUCAUCUGGAUCAUGCUCCCCUGUGUCACUGGUGCGAGUAAGGACCUCUACUGCUCUGUAG